AUGCGGUUAAGGCCUAAUUGGCUUUUUCUCGUGUUUUGCACAGGAAAUUUAAUCCACUCUGCCGCCACCUACUGCGAAGAAGACUCCUACUGUGACGAAUGCGAUCUUGUGAAAGUUGGUCAACCAUGCAACAAUUUCGACAGGCUCCCAGUGUACACAUGUAAUAAUGAUACAAAAAAAGUAACCUACACACCGUCCAAAUACUUUAUGUGCGUUGAUGGUGAGGUGAUUCAAUUCGAUUGCUCUCAUCGUAACAUGCCGCCAGCAGUGUUCAAUCAAAUAACGAGAGAGUGUGUGCAAGAGGAGACGACAGACAAUCAUAUCAGAAGACGGAGAGCCACGACGGGCUCAUCGAGGGUUGGAGAUGUCUGUAAUUUUAAUACGGAUUGUCAGAGGGGAAUGUUUUGUGGCGGAGGGAUUUGCAGUUGUUUGAGUGAUUUUGUGUCGAUCUCUCAGCAUUGUUGGCCAAAAGUCAACCCGGGAGAAUCUGGAUGCGUAGAAAACCGACAGUGUGAAGCAGUGUGGCCUGGUACCAUCUGUACGUCGGCAGGUCUCUGCGAGUGUCCAAAAGAAACUGUGCCGAGUAGAACAAGAGAUGGAACAGUUUGUAUCUCAUCAGCUAUUCCACCGGCAUGCCCACUGCCAGAAGCACACAAUGGGAAUCCAAAUCCUGCGACAGUUCUGGCGAACCCGUCCACUCAUCCGUUGAAUCCUGGGAAUUAUAUGCCCGUUCUCUGUAACUCGCUCUCCUCCGAAACGCGCUCCUCAAAUAACGGAGAUGGUUCUACGUGGUGUGUCUACCCGGACGGUGAACAAGACGUCUACAUCGCGGACACCUACAACUGCAUCUCUCAUCCACAAGUGAAUAACGAAUUGUUCAACGAGUACUCCGAGAAGGUUGACGGUAUUUGUUGUCAUAAUAGGGCGUUUGUCUGCAUCCAACCCCUUGAAUCAGGAGACGAACCAUCUGUCCCUAGAUGGUGGUAUAAUUCUGCGACAGGAACUUGCGUACAAUUCAUGUGGGACCCGGACACGAUUACCAACGCCUCUCCGAAUAACUUUCGGACAGCAGAGCACUGUGAAUCUUACUGCAGAGAUACGUGCCGUCGUGGUGGGCCUGAGUUCGCCUCCUCGAAAUUCUCUAUCCUUGACGAGGUGCCUCGUACCAACUGCUUGGCUUCAACAUCCCGAUGUGACCAGGACCAUCAGUGCACUCUAAUCGGCUCCCAGCAGACAUGUUGCCCAACUGCCGCUCAUAUUUGUAGUGCAAACGGGGGACGUCUUCUGCUAACCAAGCCACCGGAGAAUUAUGAUAGAGGACUUCAGAUUGCUGGACACAAAUCUGUCACACGCUACUACUAUGAUAUUGAUCAAGGGAGAUGCGUCAACUUUAUGUAUCAAGGACUAGGAAAUUAUAAUAAUUUCUUGACGAAACAAGAUUGUGAAUCGUUCUGCUCUAAGUUGGUGUGCGAGAACGGAAACCCAUUACGAAUCGGCGAGGAAUGGCAGCGAUGUGAGACAAAUGCAGAUUGCCCGUCAUCUCAUUCCUGUCAAGGAAGCCACAAGGUCUGCUGCCCCACCGCUCAAUCCUUGUGCACCCAACCGAAACGACUCGGUGAUUGUACGUCUGCAGUAAGAAGAUACUGGUAUAAUGCAGCCACACGGACUUGUGAAAUGUUCCAAUACACCGGAUGCCAGGGGAAUGAUAAUAACUUCCCGACACUGGUAGCGUGUCAGCAAAGAUGUCGAGGGAUUAAUGUCGAACCAAAAUGCCAACACGGUAGAGCUUUCCGAGAUCGUAAUGGCAAUUUCCAACAAUGCUCUGAUAAACAAAACGGUCCGAAGUGUCCAGUCAACUACGUUUGCUCUUACGACGGUACCACCCAUGGAUGUUGUCCCACUAAAGCCUUCACCUGUUCCCUGAACCCAGACAAGGGUGUGCAAUGUGGAUCCGGACGGUCUUACAGAUACUAUUUCAACUCCAACAAGCAGGCAUGUGAAUCGUUCCAAUAUGAAGGAUGCGAUGGAAACGCGAAUAACUUCUUGACAUCAGAAGACUGUCAACAUUAUUGUGGAGUCGGAGGGUGUCCAAAUGGUGGAAUGCCGUUGAGAGAUGAGGCGACGAAUAAGCCGAUGAGUUGCUCGGAGAAUAAGUCGUGUCCUUCUACACAUGAAUGUCUGUCGAUCCCAGUGAAUGGAAAUGUGGGGAAUAGAUGUUGCCCGACGAAGCAACAUAUCUGUAGUCAGCCACCACAACAAGGAAAUCAUUGUUCAAAGAUUUCGGUGGGAAGGUUCUAUUUCAAUAUUGUGACAAGGGAAUGCGCCAGCUUCCAAUACAACGGCUGUAACGGAAACCUCAACAACUUUGCCACCCAAACCGAAUGCAACAAUUUCUGUAGUGCAGCCGGUUGUGCAGUCGGAGAAGUUGCCUUCAAAGAUGUGAACACCAAAAAAGCAUUCGACUGUAACAAUGUGCUCAUCAAUAGCUGCCCAGCUAACUUCCAGUGUCGAUUCAAUUCUCUCACUUCUGGAUAUGUCUGUUGUGGUUCUACCAGUAUGGAUGUCUGCCCAUCUGAAGAGCGUGCCUUUAUCAACUCUCUGGAUGAGACUGUCCGAGAAUGCGCUAUCAAUGUGCCUGGUAGUUGUCCAGCCGACUUUUUAUGCAGAUUUAAUGCUCAACGCAAUCGUUAUUAUUGUUGUGCACCAACUACUGAAAAUGUCUGCCCAGACCAGCGUGCUCUGUUCCGUGCUAAGAAGACACUCCUACCGGUUCGCUGCACCCUGAAUAACGCGAAUACCUGUCCAGAUGGGUAUAGUUGUCAGAGUCGGUCGAAGGGAGUGCUUCAAGGAUUCUGUUGUUCUGCGAGGAAUGUCUGCAAAGGCGAUUCCGAAUUCCUCAUGGACGAGAAAUCCAAAAUGCCACGAAUCUGUACUCCAGGAGCCUUCAUCUCCUGUCCUGUAGGAUAUAGAUGCCACAAGCAGACGCCCUCCUCGAUGAGUGGAUUCUGCUGUCGUGGCGAGAUAAAUGCAAUCUCAGAAGGUUGUCCACCAGGGGAGUACGCUUAUGCCAAGAAGAAUGAAGUGGUAGCUUGUGACCCGUUUAAUCCAGAGAAUAAAGGGUGUCCGGCUACUUUCAGUUGCCAAUUCGCAGUUGCCUUCCAAAGAUACCAAUGUUGCGGAAAAGACCCGAUAGAGGAGGAUGAGAUUGAGCAAGAAGAACUUGGAUGCCCCCACUCUCAAGUCGCUCUCGUGAACAAUGAUCAUCCGGUGGUGUGUACGGCGUCCGGCGCCUCUUGUCCCACUGGAUACUUCUGUCAAUUCUCGGAUCGAAAUAAGCAAUUCCAGUGUUGUGGGCAUAAAGCAGGCUGUCCAGGCGAGUCUGUGGCGUACUUGGAUCUGACCGGAGGAGCACAGGAGUGUUCGGUGAAGUUGAGAAAUUGUCCGGAAGGGUAUACAUGUCAGAAUGCAAAGCAAGGCAAGACGAUUUGUUGUACGGGAGGAGUAAGGAUUAGUGGAAGGGAUAGACCACUCAUAGGAGGAGGUCAGGGGGUAACCAAUAGCUCAGAGGAACUAUCAACACCUUCUAUUACCAUACCACCUCCUCCGUCUUCUCCGAUAGCCCCACCUCAACCAGCACCUGUCACAAUGUCUCCAUCAGUCACAUCAUCCGGCAACGCUGGAAAAUCAUUGUGCCCUCCUGACACAGUUUUGGUCAACGGAGAGUGUAAGGUUCGAGGAGCCGUUGGGUCCGUAUGUCUUCUCUCUUCUCAAUGUACUUCUGGAGCGGAAUGUGUCGGGCAGUUGUGUGCGUGUGGCAAGAAGUUCAGGGAGCAAGACGGGCGGUGUAUCCAAGUUGAUGUAGAAGUUCCGUUGAUUAUGAAGGAGAAAUGCAGAGAGGAUCAGAUUGAGAAAGACUCUCUCUGCCUCGACAAAUCCCAAAUGGGCGGAGCGUGCACCUACGACGAACAAUGUCUGAAUGGCACUGUUUGCACUUCGAAGAUGUGCAAGUGUGCACAGGGAAGCUCACCUUACAAGGACCGCUGUUUGAAUAACAUCAACAUCUGCGAGUCUCCCAGACAACCAGUGAUCUCCCCGGAUUACACCUUGAUCCAAUGUGCCAAACAAAAGUGUCCGAAACCUUCUGCAUGUGUCUACUCGAAAAUGAUCGGGUCCUAUGUGUGCUGUACUAGUGCUCCAGUGACAAUGAGCAAAGGAGCUCCAAUGGCCACCGGGAAACCAUUGAAACCAGUGGUAGCACCAGUAGUUGGAAGAAUUGUGAAUGGUGGAAGGGUAGUGGGAACUGGUGCUGGAAAACCAGUGUCAAAGUACACGUGUCCAGAUGGGCGAGUCCCAAUGUUAUUCCCACAGAAUAACAUGCCAUUGGUCUGUAAUCCAGUGAAAGGAUGUCCACAGGGCCACACGUGUAUCAACAAGAUGUGCUGUCCAAAUGGUAGAGUGAAGCGGUCGGAGCCAUGUCCGAGAGGAUGGCUGAUGGUGGAGAGGGAUGGAGUGUCACAGUGUGGAGGCACUUAUGCAACUACAGUCGAACAGAAGCCGAUAUGUAGGAUAGGCGAUGGAUGUGAUAGUGCCGGUUGUCGGAUACCGACGCAAGGAGAUGCUUGUGAAGAGGAGAUGUCAAUUGAUUCGAUCUAUUGCGACCUUGCCACUAACAAAACCGAUACUCACGAGAACGCGUUCCUGAUCUGCAAUCUUGUGAAGAAGGAAAUCGAACGAAAGAUUUGUCCGAAAAGCCAAUUCUUCAUCGACGGAAAGUGCCGAACUGGCAAUGUUCGGUACAAGCGUCAAGGAGUCGCCGGUUCUGGAAGAGUCGGCGAUUUCUGUAGCUUCAACACCGAUUGUCUUACUGGAAUGUUCUGUUCCACUGGCUCUUGCACUUGUCUCUCCAACUUCGUCGCGAUCCAAGGCUACUGUUACCUCAAGAAGAACCCGGGAGAGUCUGGAUGUCAGUACGCCGAGCAGUGUAGCGCUGUGUGGCCAGAAUCGAGAUGUGAGAAGUCGAGAUGCGAGUGUCCGGAAGAUGUGAAUGGAAUUCCAUAUGUUCAAGCAAAGACAAGAGAUGGAGUCGUUUGUGUUCUGCACUCCGGAGAGGAUGGAGAUCCAGUGCCAAAGUGUCCACUUCCAGAAUAUGACGAUGACCUCCUCACCAUGCCAGUCUCCCAACUCCGCAACCCCCACAUGACCGACCCAGACGAUGCGGACAUCCAGAUGGGAGAACACAUCAACCCACUGCAAUUCUGCUCCUCCCAAUCCACCGACUACACCACAUUCAUCGCCAACGGAGGAGGCGCCUGCGCAUUCGCCACCGAGGCCAACAACGCUCAAGAGGGAGACGGUGUCUACAUUGCUGAUAUCUAUGAUUGUGUCACGUCGACCACGUCGAUGGCUAAUGUGAAGACAGCAAUGGAGGGUGUCUACGACAUUCAUCCGGCUUCCGACGGUAUCUGUUGUCCAAAUCGGGCGUUCACAUGUAUCCAACCAAAGAGAGAGGCGGAUAGUGGAAGUGCGGCGCCAGCUGGAGUCAGACCUAGAUGGUGGUACAACGCUGUUACUGGAACAUGCGAACAAUUCAUGUGGGACCCAUGGGAUGAGACCGAGAUGCAAUCACCAAACAAUUUCAAGACCAGAGAGCAUUGCGAGUCAUACUGUAGAGAUACCUGCAAACGUGGAUCCCCACAGUACCUUACCGGAUCGAGUCAGAAUGAGGAUGAAGUGGUGAACAACUGCCAGACAGCCUCCUCCUGCACAUCAAACUUCGAGUGUACCUCCAUUGGAUCCAUGCAAUUGUGUUGUCCAACUGUCGCCAGUAUCUGCUCGAACACUGGAGGCCGUCCCGUCGAUCUCAUCAGAUCCACCAACUUUGACGCUGGAAUGUUGAUGAAGCGCAGUUUCUCGAUGACAUUCUCCACCAGCUCGCGUUAUUAUUAUGAUGCCGAACAGGGCAGGUGUAUUGCGUUCACUUAUAAUGGAGCACUCGGAAACUACAACAACUUCAAGUCUUCAGCUGAUUGCGAGUUGUUCUGCGCCAAAUUGCAAUGUAAAUAUGGUACUCCACUCAAGAUUGGAUCAUCUAAUCAGAGAUGCUCCGCCAACGCCGACUGUCCAUCCACCCACGAGUGUCAGUCCGAUCACAACGUUUGCUGUCCAAGACCACAAGCCAUCUGCUCCCAACCACUCCGUCUCGGCGACUGCAAACAAUCCGUCCGUCGUUACUGGUACAACGCCGUGACCCGUGCCUGCGAGAUCUUCGACUACACCGGUUGCCAAGGAAACGACAACAAUUUCGAGACCCUGUUGGAGUGUCAGAACACCUGCGAGAACAUUAUCCCAGAGCCACAAUGCCCACAAGGGGAUGCUUACAAGGACUACCAAGGAAACUACUACGUCUGCUCGAACUCUGGCGCCGGUAACUCGUGUCCAGUCAACUACGAGUGCUACUUUGACGGAUAUGUCUGGGGAUGUUGCCCAACCAAGGCCUACACUUGCACCCUCUCUCCACAUAAGGGAGUCACUUGUGGAUCCGGAUCUUCCUACAGAUACUACUAUAACUCCCAAACCCAGGAAUGCGAAUCCUACCAAUACAAUGGAUGCGAUGGAAACUCGAACAACUUCGCCACUCGCGAGGAUUGUGAAGGAUACUGUGGCGUCGGAGGGUGUCCAAAUGGUGGAACCCCCGAGAGAAACGAGUUCGGACAACUCAUGGUGUGCUCUGCUACUCAGAUCUGUCCAGGAACCCAUGAAUGCACUUCCGUCAACUCGGGAUCUUCAGUCGUCAACCGUUGCUGCCCAACACGUGCCUACAUUUGCUCCCUUCCACCACAACAGGGAUCAUCUUGCUCUUCGUCUGCAGCUGCUCGCUUCUAUUUCAACAUUGUCACCAAAGAAUGCACUCAGUUCACUUACAAUGGAUGUUCUGGAAAUCUUAAUAACUUCGCCACUCUCGAGCAAUGUAACAACUUCUGUCUCUCCGCUGCUUGCACUCCAGGAGAUGUCGCCUACGUGAACCCCAACACAAAUAUGCCAUAUGAAUGCAAUGCUGCUCUAUCGAACAGUUGCCCAACAAACUUCGGAUGCACCUACGAUCAACUAUCCGGAAAUAGUGUUUGCUGUGGAGCCACUAAUAUGGAUGUGUGCCCGGAAGGCGAGAAGGCUUACGUCAACGCCGCCGAUAUGGGAGUCCGUGAAUGUCUCAUCAACGUCGAGGGAUCGUGUCCAAGUAACUAUCUCUGCAGAUUCAACGCUUUGAAGAACAGAUACUACUGCUGCGCCUCGAUCACAGGAGAUCUCUGCCCAUCUGGAAAGGCUUUGUACAAGGAGCCAAGCUCCAAGGCACCAAUCCGUUGUACUAUUAGCAGUAACAACAACCAAUGCCCAACCGGGUACACCUGCCAAUCCGAUGUGCCAGGAGCGUUCCAAGGAUACUGUUGCUCUGGAAACCAUCUGUGUCCAAACAAGGCUGAGUUCUACUUGGAGGAAUCCUCUCAGAUGCCGAGAUCCUGUACCGUUGGAGCUUUCAUCACUUGUCCAAAUGGUUACUCCUGUCAAUCCACCCAAAACGAGUUCACCACUGGAUACUGUUGUAAGGGAGAGGUGGCCUCGGUGUCCGAUGGUUGUCCACCAAAUGAGUACGUUUUCAUGAAGGAUAACCAGAUUGCACCAUGCGAUCCAUUCAACCCACCAAACGCUCCAUGCCCCAACGGUUAUUCCUGCCAAUGGUCGUUGGCUAACCAGAGAUAUCAAUGCUGUGGAGCCACACCGAUCACCACUCCAAAGAGUAUCGCUGCUCUCGGAUGCCCGAAUAACCAAGUCGCCUACCGUGAGCACUCGUCGAAUGCCCCAAGAAUCUGCACAGCAGCCAGUCAGAACUGUCCAACCGGAUUCUUCUGUCAGUUCUCCACAGCUAACAAUCAAUUCCAAUGUUGUGGAAUGUCUGGAGGAUGUCCAAAUGACUCUGUUGCCUUCAUUGGUAUCACCGGAGAGCCCCAAUCCUGCGCAAUCGGUCAAUCCACCUGCCCAUCCGGCUACUCCUGCCAGAGAGCCAUUUCAGGUGCUCAACUCUGCUGUACCACCAACGAGGAGCCAGUCGCCCCAGUCAAGGGAUGUACUGAGAAACAAGUUGAGGUUGAUGGAAUCUGCUUGGAUAAGAAGAGUCUCGGAGAGGCUUGUAACAACCAAGUGCAGUGUCCAACAGGAUCCACUUGCAAGGAUUCAGUAUGCUCUUGCCCAGAAGGACACCAUGAAUUGAAUGGUGUCUGUCUUGCGGAUUGUGGAGCUAAUGAAGUUGAAGUCGCUGGAAAAUGUGUUGCCAAAUCUCUCAUCGGUGAGGCAUGCGAAGCCGACGAGCAAUGCCAAGGAGGCUCCUCCUGUCUCGAUGCCACAUGUACCUGCCCAGAAGGCGAGGAGGCUGUGGAGGAUGUUUGCAUGAAGAAGAUGUCCCGCCCAAUGUCAACCUGUCCAGUGCCCGGACAAAUUCCAUAUCUGGAGCCACGCACCAAGAACGCCAGAUUCUGCUCUCCAUCCCGCCCGAACUGUCCACGUGGAUUCAGUUGUCAAUUCUCUCAAACCGCACAACAAAACAUUUGUUGUGGAGGUGGAAAGGCGAUUGUGGCGGAGAAGAAGAAUGGAAAACCAAGUACCUUCAGCUCGAAGCCAAAUGGAAAGGAGGAGGUUGAUGAGGAAGCCACAAAUGUCUGUGAUCGUGGAAGUGCGUAUGUAGUCAAUGGAACUCCAAAGCAGUGUACUGCCAGUCCAUGUCCAUCUGGAUACAAAUGCACGUUCUCCAAGAAGAGCAAGAAUUACUAUUGCUGCUCUUCCAAGGCAUCCCCAUCUGGAGGAGCUGGAUCCGGAUCCGGAGGAGCCGCCAACGGUUGCGCUACGGGAACCGCGCUUCUUUUCCCAUCCACUGGCACCCCAGUGCAAUGCUCGAAUAGUGGAUCCAACAGUUGCCCGGCCGGAUAUAAAUGUCAGAAGAGCACACUUUCCAACAGAUUCCAGUGCUGUUCGGUUGUCAAGGAUGGAGAGGAUGAAGAGGAGGAGGUCGAGGUGAAGGCACCGGUUAGAGGACGACCAGUUGUUGGUGGAAGAGGGACGGUGAAUAAGAAUAAGGAGAAUAGUGCGGCGAAUGGACCAUGCUCGAACGGCCAAGUGCAAGUGCUCCGAAUCGUCGGAGAGCGUAUAAUGAAGAAGUGUGAGGACAAAUGUCCUCCACACCAGGUCGCUGUCCGCGGUGUCUGCCGUGACAAGUACCUCGCCGAUGCACCAUUGAACAACGAAAUCUAA